AUCUAUGCUCAAUAGGGGGAGGGGCUGGUAGUUUGUUGAGAUUUCCCUGGGUUCUACCCCUAACCAUAGAUUGAAGAGUUUCAAUCUAUGCCCUAACCUAUACCCACCGGCCUGAUGAGUAUAAAUAAUUAUGUUUUUAAUUCUGGAAUAAAGUAGUUGCUUCAUGACUUCCACUUUACAAAAUCCAGCAUUCUAGCAAGUCUGUAUCAUGCUAAGACACAAAGUAUCUCGAGGUACAUCCAAAAAUCCAGCACUGUUUGACAAGUACCAGUGCCCCUCCUGCAACCAUCUCCUGAAGGAUGCUGUGCAGCCAAUAUGUGGACACUGGCUGUGUGAAUGCUGUGCUGUUCAGCUGUUAGCAGAGAGUUUACCGAAAUGCCCCAAACUUGACUGUCAAGAGUUUCUGAAAUCAGACGAAGAAGGAGCUGAGUAUUUUCCUGAUCGAUUUGUGAGGAGGGAGGUUGAGGGGAUGAUUGUCGGUUGCCCUCAUCAACUGAAGGGGUGCCACUGGGAGGACAGGCUGGCAAAAUUGGCAGCUCACCUCAAAGCGUGCAACUUUCUUUCAGAAGAAUGCAAUCUAUGUGGUGUUAUCUUGUCCCCUGACCAAAUUGGAUCGCAUGGACGAGUUUGCCCUAAGGCAUUGAUGAAAUGUCCACUUGUUGAGUUUGGAUGUCGUCACACUCGCACGAUGACACGGAAAGAGCUAAAGCAACACGUUAGUGAUCAUGGAUUGGAGCAUCUUCAGAGCGUUGCUGGUGCAUUAAAGCUUGUUAGAUCGAAUCACCAUAAUCUCGAUGAGGCGAUUGGUCAGAAUGUAUUUCUCUCACAAUGUGGUGAUCUUGUCGAGAAAGAUGGAGCUGGUGAAAAAGGAUUAGCUGUAAUUCAUGCUGUUGUUUCUGGUAACAAUCAAAGCGAGGACACAGGUCAUUACUCUGGUCAGACUAGAGGAAGAGUUGAAGACCAAGAAUUCUUAAAUACAACUGCUCUUGCAAAAAUUGCUAAGGAGCUCAAUACUAAAAUAUCUACCCAUUUUAGCCGAAAAGACGAGGAAAUUACCACCCUUACGAAUACGGUGGUGAAAAUGGAGAGAGCAAUGCGAUCAAAACAUGCGGAGUUCGAAGAUAGAGAUUUCCGAUUGUCGCUAAUUGAAAACAGUAACCAUGAUGGUAAUAUGAUCUGGAAGAUCCCACAAUUCAGUCAGAGGAUGGCUGAUGCACAAUCAGGGAAGUACACCUCGAUCUUCAGCCUUCCAUUUUUUUCAGGGCGAUAUGGCUAUAAAAUAUGUUUGAAGCUCUACAUUCUGGGAGACGGUAUUGGAAAGAACACUCACAUGUCGCUGUUCUUUGUGAUCAUGAAGGGAGAUUUUGACAACAUUCUAAAAUGGCCUUUCACAUCCAAGGUGACCUUCAAGCUGAUCAACCAGACAGGGAAUAGGGACAUUAUCGACACUUUCCAGCCAGACCCCAUGAGCAGCUCUUUCCAAAAGCCAAAAUCCGAUAUGAACAUUGCAAGUGGUUGCCCUCGAUUUGCAUCUAACACUGAAUUGAAAAACGGUGGUUUCAUUGCUGAUGACACAGUGUUUAUCAAGUGCUCCAUUGAUUGCAGUUCCAUCAAGCACCCAUAGUCAUUACCUGGUAGGUAAUAAGAACUCCUACAGGCUAUAUAGUUGCCUGCAUGGAGGGUGCUUGGGAGUGUUGCUCGCCUGGCUCGCCUGAUGCACGCCGUGCAUGCCAGCCAAAUGGUUGGACUCUGGUGGGGUCAAAAUAAAUAUGCUUUUUAUCGUACAGAAUUUUUAUUUCACUUCUACCAUGUAUAUAGAACAGUUUAAUCAUGAUGUGCACCCUGUCAGUUAGUUUGUGUUUGUCUUGUCGAACAUUGUGCUAUAAUUAUUGCUAUAAUUAUUGCAUCAGGA